AAAAAGGGAUCACAGACCACAGGAAUCUAAGGAUGUGGGACUUUUGCCCUGGACAGUGAAUGUGGGAUUUUGAGAAGUAAAGUACAAGGAAGUGAAAUCACAACUAACUUGGAAGUGGUCUUCUCAGUGGCGAGGCACCACCACAAUGGUGGAGACCUGAUCUUUGGGAGCAGGAAAGAGUCUGGCCUCCAACCCAGGCCCCAUAUCAGAGAUCCUUGGUGCCAUGGGAACAAGUAGGUCCAACAGGUACAACAUUGUGUCAGACAUUUUACCAGAGGAGCUACGCCAGAAGAUUUCUAGCUUAGGACUCCAUAACGGCCACAGUUCCAUCAACUUCCGACAGGACUCGGUCUGUGACGCAGCGACAGAAGAGAGUAGGAGGAGGUCGGAAGCCUCUGCUGCAAGGGGACAAGAAGGGAUGAACAACUACAACGGCAAGGUUCUGACAAGGGGCUCCAGCCAAGUACGGAGCCGGUUUGUAAAGAAAAAUGGACAAUGUAAUGUUCUCUUCACCAACAUGGAUGAUAAGAGGCAGCGCUACCUAGCUGACAUCUUCACCACCUGUGUCGACAUCCGCUGGAGAUACCUGCUGCUAAUAUUCUGCACAAGCUUCAUGGUCUCGUGGCUUUUUUUUGGCAUUAUCUUUUACAGCGUCUCCCUGGUACAUGGGGACUUUGAGGAGCAACCGUCGGGGAAAGGGGAUGGACUGGCGAUGGUGGGGCUGCAUGGACCCAACCCUGGACACACACCUGGGGGGCAGACACAGAGGAUGCCCUGCAUACUUCAUGUCCACGGCUUUGUUGGGGCGCUCCUAUUUUCCAUGGAAACCCAGACAACCAUUGGUUAUGGUUGGCGCUGUGUCACCGAGGAGUGCCCUGUGGCCGUCUUAACAGUGGUCGUUCAGUCCAUUGUUGGCUGCAUUAUUGACUCUUUCAUGAUUGGCACCAUCAUGGCCAAGAUGGCGCGGCCAAAGAAAAGGAACCAGACCCUCGUGUUCUCUAAAAAUGCCGUCAUUGCCAUGCGCGAUGGCAAGCUGUGCCUCAUGUGGAGGGUGGGCAACCUGCGGAAGAGCCACAUCGUGGAGGCUCAUGUCCGCGCCCAGCUCAUACGUUCAUAUGUCACAGCUGAAGGUGAGUUCAUCCCCUUGGAACAGAUGGACCUAAAUGUGGGCUACGAUGAGGGCACAGACAGACUGUUCCUUGUCUCCCCGCUGGUCAUAAUCCAUGAGAUAGAUAAAGAUAGCCCCUUGUAUACUCUAAGCCGAGCUGAUCUGGAGGCAGAUGACUUUGAGAUUGUUGUGAUCCUGGAAGGGAUGGUUGAGGCCACGGCCAUGACCACCCAGUUUCGUAGCUCCUACCUUGCCAGAGAGAUCUUCUGGGGUCACAGGUUUGAGCCUGUGAUCUAUGAGGACCGGGACCGCUACAAGGUGGACUACGCUCGCUUCCACAAUACCUAUGAGGUGGCCUCGACGCCCCAUCUCAGCGCCAAAGAGCUUGAUGAGGCUGCAAGCCGGGCAUCUUCUGCUGCUUCUCAUGUCUCUGCAUGUAGAUCCACACAAGACUUGAUUCCUAGGUCGCUGAGCGCCUUUUGUUAUGAGAACGAGGUGGCGUUGAGCUGUGGGGAGGAAGAGGAUGACAUCUUUGACUCCCAGAUUGUAGGGAAAGAGAGGGCAGAGGAGAGGAGGACUUCGGUGGCUGUAGACUUCCAAAAUAUGUUCCAGGACACUGCGACCAUGACUUCAGGCAGUCACAGCGUCAUGUGUGUUCUGGACAUGGACAAUAACCAGAUGGAGUUUGACAUCCUACAGACUGCCAUCCCUCUUGACCCAGUGUCCUAUAAGAGUGAGCAAGAGAUCUAAAGAUUGUCUCUCUGUUUUCACCCACAAAUCCUUUCAACUUUAUCUGCAUUGAGUUGGACCUGAUGAGGAGAUUGCUUUUGUUCAACUUUGGAUUGCAUGUACAGAAAUUUAAACCCCUUUUGCCUUGCCAGUGUUGUCUGAUUAGAAAUUACAACACAGAUUACACAUUCCUAAACUUUUGGUAUUUGCAAUUGCACUCCUUGGAGAGCCAUACCUAUAAACCACACUGAUUCUGCAGGAAAAAGAAGACGACAGCCCUGUCUCAUAAAAAUUACAUUCCCAUUCAGCGAAACUGCAUUGUCAACUAAACAUUGUCUUUCCUAGAUUAUGUUUGUCUUUUAACAUAUCACAAAUACAUUUCUAAUCAAAGGCUGUAUAACUGCACAUAAGAAGGACAUCAGGUUGGAUUGAUGGGUCAAAGAAAGUCAGGACUUCUUUCUUAUUUCUAAAUUCUGUGUGUGUAAAUUAUGUUACAAACGUACUUAUCUUAACCAAAACCAUGUUCUUUUACUAAGAGACUGUCCUCCCCCCAAAAACGACCCCAUGGUUUGUUUGUACAGCAGCCUAUUACGAGUCAUAUUUACGUUUGUAGUUAGCGGUACCCUCUAGUGGCCAUAGUAAUUAUGGAUAAUGCCAAGGUGGAAGUGAGUAGUGAGGAUACUGAGUAUAAAGAACAACAAGGCCCACUUAGGAACAGCAAAAGUAAAUUAUGUUAUUUGAAGUAGGAAAACUUCAUUUCUGUGUUUCAGGCUUUCACCUGACUAACUCCCUCACUUCUGGCAGUUACGUGUACUUUUUUGGAGUGCACUUACAUUUUUCCAUUCAACUUUCAGCCUGGUUGCCUAAACUUGAUGAAACUGUGACUGCUCAUGAUGUGUUUAAAACAGCAGUCGUUACUAAUAGUUAUGAGGACAUGUUGAGCUCCUGCCACUAGUAAGGGUGCUAAUUUUGGAAACACUCCCGUGGCUUGCAUUUGAAGGUAGGAACCACUGACCUAUGGAUUGGAGCACUUGUUGUUUACUAAGCCUAACCAUGUAGUUUGUAGCAAAAACCUAACCAUGUUUAAUUCACAACGUUAACCAUGUGUAUAAGACUGCAACUGCAAAAAUGUCCUUCUAAAUGUUAUUUUGUUGUACGGAAAUGUAAUUUGUUAGGAAACAGGGUGUCAAAGCGCUGACAGGCUCUUGUCAUGAUGUCAUGACCAAAGGAAAGCACAAUGGCAGUAAAAGUACGGAAACUUGAAUCAUGUGUUCGACUGUACGCACAUUUUGUAUAGUAAAGCAAUGAACUUUCAAAUUAUUUUAUUUUUUUCUGUGAAUGUAAACAUGAGAUUUUAUGAAAGCAAUAGCAGUUUUGAUGUUUUGAUUCUCUUCCUUUUCGAAGAGGACUGAGCUCACAACUUAAAAGGUGAAUUUUUAAGGUGUAUUGUUUUAUCAAAGUGUGCUCAAUUUAUGCUUGAUAAUCUCCAUGUGGUUCAUGGAUUUUAUUGAUCAUUAUUUCUGUGAUAGUACCCUGCAAAGUUUUGUGAAAUCUUUUCCCAUAAACCAUAAAAACACCCUUUAUGUAGUACACUUAAGUGAAAACCUUCUGUUGUUGGUUUUGCAGUGUAGUAUUUUGUGAGGACUAAAAGUGCAAUCACUAAGUUUAGCAGGAGGAUUUUUCAGAACUAGAUUAAGACUCUUGAUUUAUUUUGACUUAGAAGUACAUCACUGCAUUUAAAAUCUUAUGCUUAAAAUGUUUAUUUUGUCUGAAAACAAAGCAGAGUGUGAAGAGGAAUGUAUUUAAACUAAAUAGAAUGUUAAUUUACUAACCCAGACUUUUACUAGAUUAUAGAUACUAACAGGAGUCUGACUGAUAUGAAUCUAUUAGUGUUAAUAUAAAGGAAAGUCACUUUUUAUUCACUACAAAACUUUGUUUCUUGUGGAGGCUGCUGCCAGUGAUAACAGAAACAUUGCUGACAGGUGGCUUUCAUUCGUGUUUGUGCUUUUUUUUGUUCGCCAAAGGUUUUCGGAGUAGGAAAAUAUGAUUUAUCAUUUGGAAACUGGGGUGCAUGCAGCCUAAGUGUACUCAUUGUCUUUGAUAGCAGAAAGCUGUGAAGCACAACAGGAACAAAGGGAUGAAGGCUGAGGAGUUAGGUGUCUGGAAAUGUGCAAUAUGUCACUGGAUUGAGUCAGUGAGGACAGAGUCAAGUGUAACUGUACGUAAGGUAAAUUGCAGUGAAGUUAGUUGUUACAGUGACUGUAAAAUACAAUACUGUAGGACACAACAGUUGCCCUCCUUUUUGCAGGAUUAGUAAAGAAAGAAAAGCAGAUGGUUCCUGUAAUUAAACCUUAUUUUAUUGACUUUACUGUCAAAUGUGGCAAAUUUCUUCCACCUGGUACUUGAAACAACAAAUGUUUAUGUUUGGCCACGAUGUGGACAGCAACCAUUAGGAUGUAAAUGUAAUUUCCCUGUCACCUUUAGAUAGCCACACAGCUGUCUUAUUCUUGACUUUUAGUUUAGUUUUUUUGCUGGUUAUAUUGCUUGAGCAGGUGUGUGUUUUUAUGUUAUUUGUCUCUAGACAGACGUUAACACUGCAAAGCUCACUAAAUAUAUAUAU